AUGUCAUUCCUGUCAUUGGAAAGGCCGAUUCACUCACCCCCCGCCGAAUUGGCUGAGUCCAAGAAGCUGAUCAUGGAGGACAUUGAACACUACCGCAUUCCCGUCUACAACUUCCCCUACGACAUCGAGGAGGAUGAUGAGGAUACCGUGGAGGAGAAUGCCGAGCUCCGUGGACUCAUGCCUUUUGCUAUUGUCGGCUCCGAAGAUUUUGUUGAGAUUGACAACCGGAAAGUGCGCGCGCGCCAGUACCCAUGGGGUGUUGUCGAGGUUGAGAACCCUCGUCACUCGGACUUCCUGGCUAUCCGUAGCGCUCUGCUCCACAGCCACUUGGCUGAUCUGAAGGAGAUCACUCACGACUUCCUCUAUGAGAACUACCGUACUGAGAAGCUUAGCAAGAGCGUCGAUGUUGGAUCUGGUGGCUAUGAUUCUGCUAUGAACCCCGAGGAUCUUGCCUCCCAGUCUCACCGCCUCAAGGAGGAGCAGCUCCGUCGCGAGGAGGAGAAGCUCCGUGAGGUUGAAAUCAAGGUACAGCGUGAGAUUGCCGAGAAGCGACAGGAGCUGUUGGCUCGCGAGAGCCAGCUCCGAGAGAUCGAAGCUCGCAUGCAGCGUGAGCAAAGCCAGGGCGGCGAAGCAGCCAACGGAGAGGCCUAG